UCGUAUAUACGAGUUAAAAUAAUACCGUGUAUUGGUACAUGUGUGUGUGUCUGUCUGUAUAGGUGGGCAGCAACAAUAAUACAUCGUACAGGUGAUAGAUGAAUCUCUCGAGUGCAUCUUUAACGAGAACAAAAAUUGUUCUCUCUCUCUCUCUCCACCGACAAAGUACUUGUAUAGAGGCAUGUGGAUCGGCAAUCAUCGGACCGCCGAGUGUCCGCUGCCAAGUGGCAGGAGGCAGCAACAGUAGCGACACUGGCUGAAAAAAGCUCGCGCUGCGUUAUACGUUGCACAUUAUAGCCGUGUCUGUGUGUGUGUGUGUGCAGUGCGCGCACCUGUGCAGCUACUCCAAAGUGCGCAGUGUGUAUAGUCUCGCGCGCGCAGUAAUCAUCGUACACCAAUCGGAGUUCGUCAUCCACCGUCGUGCUGAUGCUCCACGCGAGCUUAUAUAGCCGUACAGCAGUGUUGUGGCGCUCCAUUUUGUGCGCCCCGCAAUAAGCGCGAGCGUGUGUGUGUGUGUGGUCCGCAGUCGGUGCGCCGAGUUCCGCGAGUAGUUGCAGGCUCCACACAGAGCAGCAACACGGUGCAGCAGUGCGUGCGUGCGUGCGUGUGGAUUGUAUUUAUUUAUUUUGCGAAAGCUCGCAGUCAGUGUCUAAGCUCUCGAGCUCCUCGGUGUCAGCGGUGUGCACGCCUUGGCGCGGCUUUUUACGUAAGCGAGAGAGAGAGAGGAUCCGAGUAGUAGCCCGCCACCGCGCGCAUUUAUACUCUGUGUGCCACCCGCGCCCUCUCUCUUACUCCCUCGCUCACACUCACCCCGCGAGUAGUCGGCUCGUCUAUGUGCCUCUGCUUUCCCUCUAUAAACAUCCAUCUAUCUCGCUCUUGCGCUCUCGCUUGGAAAAGUUCGACGACACCAAGUGGUGCUGCCACCGCUUGACUUGUGUAUCUAAAUAAAUAAAUCAACGUCGUCGUUCCUGAUACAAUGCUGGUCAACGGGAGCAGAUAGCGAGGAGGAGCUGAGAUGAGUUGAGUAGUGCGUGUGUGCAGCGCGUGAGCUAGUGCAAUGAACAUGUCGUCGUCGUCGACGGGCUGUCGUCUACUCCUGGCGCUGCUGCUGCUGCUCGCGAUGUCGAGCUCGGCGGUGCGGGCGUCCUCGGACAAGUGCGCCAACGUCUGCACGUGCAAAUGGAAGAGCGGCAAGGAGACGGUGGAGUGCAGACAGCGCGGCCUCACCUCGGUGCCCGACGGCCUCGAGCCCAUGACCCAGGUGCUCGACGUAUCGGACAACGACAUCGCCGCCUUGCCCAAUCGCAUCUUCGUCAAGGUGCGCCUCACCAAUCUCCAGCGUCUCUAUCUGCGCAACUGUCGCAUCAGCCGCAUCGACGCCCAGGCCUUCGACGGCCUCACGAAUCUCGUCGAGCUCGAUCUCAGCCAGAACAAGCUCGCCUCGGUGCCGACGGCCAGCUUCGCCUCGACGCCCUUCCUGCGCGAUCUCUCGCUGGCGCGCAAUCCCCUCGGCAAGAUACCGGCCCACGCCUUCAAGGACAUGCCGACCCUCGUCAAGCUCGACCUGUCCAACGCCGAGCUGAGCGAGCUCGCCGCCAAGGGCUUCCAAGGCCUCAAGCUCCUCGAGAGCCUCAAGCUCAAUCACAAUCAGAUCUCGACUCUGCAUCCGGGCACGUUCGAGCCCCUCGAGAAGCUCACCAGCAUAGCCCUGCACGAGAACCCCUGGGUCUGCGACUGUCAUCUGCGCGAGAUGAAGUCCUGGCUGGUGAAGCAGAAUCUGCCGACGCUGAUAGCGCCGAUCUGCCAUCGACCCGAGCAACUGGUCAACAAGUCCUUCGACGAGCUGAGCUUCGACGAGUUCGCCUGCAGGCCGGUCAUGCUGAUAGUGUCGCGCUACGCCGAGGCCACCAUCGGCGAGAACGCCAGCAUCGUGUGCACCGUGACGGCCAUCCCGCCGGCGCGCAUCAAGUGGAUCUGGAACGGCAAGCUACUGACCAAUCACUCGGCCGUCAACAGCUAUCAGAAGAUCAUCAUCUACGAGGAGGGCUCGUUCAGGAAGCGCAGCACCCUCAUCCUGACCAACGCCCAGGAGACGGACUCGUCGAGCUUCUUCUGCGUGGCGGAGAACCAGGCGGGCAGCGUCGAGGCCAACUUCACGCUGCACGUCUCGCUGCGCACCGCCGGCAUGUCGACCCUCGGCUCGGGUCAGAUCGCCGGCAUCUCGGCGGCUCUGCUGGUUCUCAUACUGCUCAUAUUGCUCACCAUCAUGAUACUGUUCGUGCGGCUACGCAGGAUGCCCCAAAAAGACGUCAAGAGUCCCGCGCCCGAGGGGGAUUCCUCGCAAGCGGCGGCGGCUGCCACUGGCCUCAAUAACGGUGGCAACAGUGCUAAUAACAAUCUGCAGCUGGAACAACCGCUGAACAAUCCUCAGUCGGCCAACUCGACCAUGAGUCGGCGGAAGAUCGAGGAGAUCGAGACGACGAGCUUCAGCGAGCAGGUGGUCAAGAGCUCGUCUCUGGUAAACCAGCAGCAGCAGCACCAGCAGCAACAGAGCCUCAGCCACAGCAGUUACGCGACGCUGCGCCAGCCCAUCAGCCACACUCUGGCCGCUACGGACAGCCACCAGGAUUAUCUCAUCGGUCGGGCUUACGAGGAGAGCCUCGGCUUGGCCUCCAACACCUUGACCAUGGGUCGGCUUCAUCAUCAACCGCAGCAUCAGCCGCAACAAGUCGGAAUGACGCUCGGCAUGCCUUGCUACUCCACCUCGUCGCAGGUCUCUCUACACAUGCAACAGCAGCAGCAGCAGCACAUAGAGAAUCCGGACCUGAUCAGGGACACGCGGCGCGGCUCCUCGUCCAUGUGCGUCAGCGACGCGGAGCAGCAGCAGCCGCAAGGCCUGCCGAGCCUCGUCUACGGCGCCACCGGCGAGUACAGUCGGGUCUUCGACAUGGACGAGAGCCAGCUACUCUACACGGAGUGCCUCAACUGGGAGGCGAGCUCGACCAGCCUCAGACCCUCGCUCUCGAUCAAUCCCUACGUCGGUCCGAUCGGCGGCGGCGACGUGCAGCAGCUGCUCGGCAGUCAGCAGCAGGUGGGCCUACCGCCUCCGCCGCCACCCGCACCCACGCAGCCCUCGUUGCAGCCCCAGCAGCAGCCACAGCAACAACAGCAACAAGCGCAGUCCCAGCAACAGCAGCAGCAAGAGACGUUUCCGCCGGGUGCCAAGCAGAUACGCGUCUGGCAGAAGGGCGUGCCUGUGCUACCGCCCGUGUCGGCGCUGAAGCGCGUGCUGGGCUCGACGCGCAGCUCGCCGGACGAGGGCUACCAGGAGGGCACCGGCACCGACGUCUAGGUACAGCUGAAACAGCAGCGCUCGAGAUUGUUCCAGGCACCCUGACCCAGUCGAGCGCAACAACAACAACGGACAACUGCCGCCGCAGCCGUCGUCGAGCAUCGCGUUGUGUUGAACGUUGCAGUGCGUGACUCCAAUG